GAAAAAACAAAUCAAAAUAUAGUACUACCAGCUUUUGUCUUUGAGCUCUUACUAACUUAAUAGUAGCCAUUAAUGGUUCAAAAGAGCUCAAAAAAACCAACUUUGACACCCCCAUUAUUGUAAAAACUUCACUUCUUUCUUUUCUUUACUUAAAGUUUUGUUCUUUUCUUGUUUUUGUGUAGUGGGGUUAGGAAAGAAUUGAUUUUUUUGGUGUUUUCUUGAUAACCUUUUGAGGAAAUAGUGAAAUGGAAGGUGGUUCAAACUCAAAAAUGAAAGAAAGAGUUGAUAAACAAAAUGGUUUAAAUCCAAAGAUUGAACCUUUUGUACCAAAAAAAGGUCAUGAUCCUAGAGAGUUGAAAUCUUGGGCUAAAAGAACUGGUUUUGUUUCAACAACUUUCUCUGGUGAACCUGAAAGAGGGAGAGAUUUGAAUGUCAGUAAUGAUAAUGUUGGAUUUGAUUUGGAAAGAGGGGUUGCUAAAAAUGAAACUGUAUCUCCAAAGAUUGAACUUGAUCCUAUUUUGGGAAGGGCUAGGAAUAGAGGGGUUGAAAUUGAGCCUGUUUUGGGGUCUAAUAGAAGAGAAAGAGGAGAGAAUCUUGGAAGGAGAAUUGAAAUGGAACCUAUUUUGAGAGCUCAUAAUGAAAAUGGCAAUGGUAAUGGACACAUAGUUCAAGAAGUAGCUCCAGUUACAGAACUAAGGAAGGAUGAUAGCAAUGUGGAUGAAGAAGAGGGACACGAUAACGAGGAUUCGGGUUAUGGAGGGUGGCAUAAGUCUCCGCGGAUAAAAUGUGGACUAAGGGAAAAUCCUGGUCUUGUGCCUCUUAUGUACUAUGGGUUGCAGCACUAUUUAUCAUUGGCUGGCUCACUUAUUUUUAUCCCUCUGAUUAUUGUCCCCACCAUGGGUGGAAGUGACAAAGAUAUGGCCAAUGUGGUUUCUACAAUGCUGCUAGUGUCUGGCCUUACCACAAUACUGCACACAUAUUUUGGAACCCGUCUCCCUUUGGUUCAAGGGAGUUCAUUUGUAUAUUUGGCACCUGCAUUAGUUAUCAUGAAUUCUGAGGAGUACCGGAAUCUUGCUGAGCAUAAAUUUAGGUACAUAAUGAAGGAGUUACAAGGAGCUAUAAUUGUUGGAUCAAUUUUCCAAAGCUUUUUGGGUUACAGUGGCUUGAUGUCCCUUUUGCUACGGCUUAUAAACCCCGUUGUGGUAGCACCAACAGUAGCUGCGGUGGGUUUAGCAUUUUUUAGCUAUGGCUUUCCACAAGCUGGUGGUUGUGUAGAAAUCAGCCUUCCUCAGAUACUGCUUAUCCUAAUUUUUACCUUGUACCUUGGAGGAAUAUCUAUUUUUGGUCUCCGCAUAUUUCGUAUAUAUGCAGUCCCUGUUAGUGUUAUAAUCAUUUGGGCGUAUGCGUUUUUCCUGACAGCUGGUGGUGCAUAUAACUUUAAGGGUUGUAGCCCCGACAUACCAAAUUCCAACAUCCUUAUUGAUGCUUGUCGGAAGCAUGCAGAUACAAUGAGGCACUGUAGGACUGAUGUUUCCAAUGCUAUGAGAACUGCUGCCUGGGUCAGGAUUCCUUACCCUUUCCAAUGGGGUAUACCGACCUUCCGGUUACGGACUUCAAUCAUUAUGGUCAUUGUGUCACUAGUUGCUUCCAUUGACUCGAUUGGAAGUUAUCACUCAGCAGCAAUACGAAUGAAUUUGAAACCCCCGACCCCGGGUAUAGUCAGCAGAGGGAUUGGUCUGGAAGGUUUCUGUAGUGUGUUGGCGGGACUUUGGGGAACGGGUACUGGGUCAACAACUUUGACAGAGAAUAUACACACUAUCAAUGCAACAAAGGUAGCAAACCGAAGGGCUGUACAGCUUGGAGCAGCUCUCUUAAUCCUCUUCUCCUUUGUAGGUAAAAUUGGUGCUAUUCUUGCUUCUAUACCACAAGCAUUGGCAGCCGCGGUACUAUGCUUCAUAUGGGCUCUUAUUGUGGCUCUGGGUCUAUCAACAUUGCAGUAUACCCAAAAUGCAAGUUCCCGAAACAUUAUAAUUGUUGGUGCAUCCUUGUUCUUUGGUUUGUCGGUCCCCGCUUAUUUUCAGCAGUAUGCACCAGAGACCGGCCUAAUCUUGCCUGGCUAUCUAAUUCCUUUUGCAGCAGCAUCCAAUGGACCAGUCCAUACUGGGAAUGCACAAUUCAAUUUUGCAAUGAAUGCACUUAUGUCAUUGAACAUGGUGGUUACGCUAUUGGUGGCAUUCAUAUUAGACAACACGGUCCCUGGUAGCAGACAAGAACGAGGGGUAUACGUUUGGUCAAAGGCGGAAGACAUAAUGACAGAUCCUUCUGCCCUUUUAGACUACUCGUUACCGAGUAGAGUAGCAAGAUGUUUCCAUUGGACCAAAUGUGUCGGCUCAUGAAAAGAUGCAACAACCAAAAAAUUGCUUUUGCUGCUUACCCAACUUCAGGGAGGAAACUUAUUGUGGUUCAAGCAUAGCUUAGAAAGAGUACAGCUAAAAUAGGUGAAAGGUACAUACAUAUUUUACACAAGGAGGCUACAUAUUUCACCAAAAUAUAGCAUUGUCUCUGUAAUGUGAAGAGCCAUAGGGCAAUCCCAUAUUCAACUGUUAAUUCAUUCUUAUACAGAAAUGUAAGUUGUCUUCUUUGUUAUGAUGAAUGGAAGCAUUAUAUUGAAAUACUCUUGCAAUGGAAUGGUUAUUAUUUACUAA